CAAGUUCAUACAUAGUGAAAGGUCCCAUUGGUGGGAUUUGAAGAGCAGAACCGAAAGUUGGAAAAAAAAAAAAGUAUACUGAAAGAGAAAGGGGCAAACUUUUUCUUUUUUCUUUCUUUUGAUACCUUUUUCUCUCUUUAGUUUUAGCUAAACAAAAUAUUAGUAGCACUUUUUUAAGCUAAGGUGAAAGGAAAAAAAAAAAAAAAGAAGAAAGUUGAAAUCUUGACUAGUUGUUGGAGUUUUUCUUGUGGAGAAUUUAUUUUGAUCUAUACUCAAACAGCUGUUUGGCUGGUUAAGUUGAGUUGUUUUGCUGUAAAGGUGACAUUUGUUUUGAAUUUUUGAGUAGUUUGUUGUAGUAGAGGAAAGAAGAUGGGUGUUGGAUUAUUAGAGAUUGGAGUUGAAAUGAGGAGAAUUUUGAUGUUUUCAAUUAAAGGAUGUUAUGUUACAGUGUUAAAUCAUCCUAUUCUUGUGAGUAUGUUGUGUUUCAUAGUAUUUUUGUACAGAACUUUCCCAUUUUUGUUUUCAGUAUUGUUAGCUGUAUCACCAGUUGUUGUUUGUACUGCUGUGUUGCUUGGAACUUUACUGAGUUUUGGGCAGACUAAUAUACCGGAAAUCGAAAGGGAAGAAGAAAAAACAAGUAGUCAUGAUAUAGUGCCUUUGAAAACUGGGGUGUUAUAUGAUACUACUACUCAUGUUGAGUGUAGUGGAGAUAGUUACUAUGUGGAGAGAUAUACGGAGAGGGACCUCGUAGAGGAUUCGAUUAAUAAGAUCAGUGAUCUUUCCCCUCUACUCGAGGAAAGAUCUCGAGGAUUCCAGUUUGGGAAUGGAGGUUUUGAGGAGAAUGAAGAGAAACAUGGUGAUGGGGAACUUAUGGAGAGUCAAUACUCUCCGAUUCCAACGGUUGAUGAAGGUUUUGAGGAAGCCAGGAGGGAGCAAAACAAUGAAGAGAAGCAUGGCAAGGAGGAGCUUAUGGAGAGUCAGUACUCACCGAUUCCAACGGUUGAUGAAGGUUUUGAGGAAGCCACGAGGGAGCGAAACAAUGAAGAGAGACAUGUCAAGGAGGUGCUUAUGGAGAGUCGAUACUCUCCUAUUCCAAUGGUUGAUGAUGGUUUUGAGGAAGCAUCAAGGGAGUUCAAUGAUCAGAACAGUGAAAAGAGUGAAGAGAAACAUGAUGAGGGGGAAGUUAUAGAGAGUCAAUACUCUCCCAUUCCAACGGUUGAUAAUGACAGCAUUGAGUUUGAAUUUGAUAGAUCCGAUUCCUUCGAUUCUAGAAGGGUGAAUCUUAAUUCUCUUCCUGGUUCCCCUUGGAAAAAGGAGACCAAGGAAGAGGAAGAACAGGAGGAGGAGGAGGAUGACGACGAGUCUUUUGAUUCGGAGUCUGAUCGAGCUGAGAGCUCUUCUCCAGAUGCUUCAAUGGCCGACAUUAUUCCAAUGCUUCAUGAGCUUCAUCCACUUUUGGAUGAGGACACUCCUCAUCAUGUUAGUUUGUUGCAUGAUGGUUCUGAUGCUGCUUCGGACAGUUCUGGUAAGACCACUGAGAGUGACAAUGAAUUGGAAGAUGGUUGUGAAAAUCAAGAAGAGCUAGAAGUUGCAGACGAUGAGAACGAAGAUGGUGAAGAUGAAGAAGGAAAAAAAGACGAGGAAGAUAAAAGUAAGUCAGCUAUAACAUGGACAGAGGAGGAUCAGAAGAAUCUAAUUGACUUGGGAAGCUCCGAGGCUGAAAGGAAUCAACGGUUGGAGAAUCUUAUGGCAAGGAGAAGAGCACUGAAGAAAAUGAGGCUGAUGAUGACCGAAAAGAAUUUGAUCGACUUGGAAAGUGCUGAUCUUCCAUUCAACAUACCGUCCAUUUCUACAGCAAGAAACAAUCCGUUUGAUGCUGCUAAUGAUAACUAUGACCUUGGACUGCCACCAAUCCCGGGUUCUGCUCCAUCUGUUUUAGUUCCUAGGCGAAAUCCAUUUGAUCUUCCUUAUGACUCAAGUGAAGAGAAACCCGAUCUUAUGGAGGACGAGCAAGAGUUUAUAACAUUUCAAGCAAAAGAUCCACUUUUCCGGAGGCACGAAAGUUUCAUCGUAAGACCCUCAAUCUUUGGGCCGAACAGGCAAGAGAAGCAAGAUAUCCAUUUGAGACCUUAUUUUGUUCCAGAGAGGAUGGCUUCAGAAGGAACAAGCUACUCAUCAUUUCAAAGACAAUUUAGUGAGCUUAGUGAUUCAAAGGUGAGUUCUGUUCCCGAGACAGAAUCAUUAAGUUCAGUUGAAGAUCUGCUAGACAUUAACUCCAUUGAAGGUCAGCAAAGACAGAAAAGCCUUGAUCAAGAAGAACUGGAAUGCAAAGACCUCAUGGACAUGGAUGAACAUAUCUCAGAGGAGCCAGAGAUGAUAUCUAAACUAGAGCAUACUUCUGAGCAUGUCAGGCAUGGAAAUCCAUCCUCCAAAGAAGUAGAGGCUUUGGUGCAACUGGGAACUGUGGAAGAUCAUCAUGAAGCAGAAGAAGCUUUGCUCCAGGAAGGAAGAGUGACCAAUGAGUUGGAACUUGAUCCAAUCGAAAUUCAAUCAAAGGCAGAAACUUCUUAUCAAAGAUACGGCAGUCAGUCUAGCUCCUCGUCAAUGGCAGAAGUGAGUGAAAGGGUCUUUGUUGAUAAAGAAGGAGAAAUGAGAUCAAGUUUCGAGGAGAUAAUGGGACAUGUCGAACAAGAUGGGAUCUCCAGGCAAGCUUCAUUUGAUGGACCAGAUUUCCACAUCACAAGCACUUCAGUGGAUCAUACUUCACACAGACAACCUGUUUAUGAUUCCAGUCCUUCUGCUAGUAGGGAAAACAUAUUUUCAGCUGCCUUUUCUUCAGAUCAGCAUGUGGAGUCUGAGACAGGGUUUCUGACUAGAACUAUUUCUUUUGUAGAGAGGGAAUAUGAAGAAAAUAGUCAGGAUAUUGAAAAGUCCGUUCGAACUAAUGAAGAGAUUUUGGCACCAGCAGAUGACCAAGAAUUUCUGUCGAGGGAGGUGGCAUGUGAAGAUGAGCUUGAUGUUGCAAAGGCAGAGAUUUCUCAAGAUGAUGAAAUCUUUGGCGGUGCAAAUGCCCCUCCGCUGCCUGAGUUGGUUGUGGGUCAGGCAUCUAUUGACUUGAAAUCAUCAGCAGAUGAAGACAUUGAGUAUGAAGAAGGAACUAUUGAGCAUGCACAACAGCAAGUUUCUUCUUCAAGAUUUGAUGCAGAUACCCAUAUUGUGUCUCAACAUGCUGUUGACCGGACCGUGGAAUGCCUUUCAACGUCCUCGGAACAUCAAAACGUUCAUCAGAUGGUUGAUGAACAACAUUCUCUGAUCUCUGAGGUUCCACUUGAUCAAGCAGUGAUGCCUUCUUUCGAGAAGCGAUUUGUGGAGGAUGUGAUGGAGAAGGAAGAAUCUACAGUCUCCGAAAAACAUGAUUUUCCCUCAUCGAAUGCUGUUGAAAGUUCGGUUACUGAUGCUCAGAGUGAAGUGGACGAAAAGCAGAUCCCUGUUGAAUAUCAAUAUGCUUCUACAGAGAGGUCCAUCUCUCAGUGUGAAGAAGAACUGGCAUACUCAGACAAGUCCAUUGAUGAACAACCACCAGAAGAUCGGGAAGUAAUGGAACCACCAGCUAUCCUGGUUGAGUCAAUUGAGGAAGCCAGCACCACUGAGACCUUGAAUGUUCCAGAAAUCCAUGACCUUGAUGAUGGAAUUCCUAUUAUCAGCUCCCCACGCACUCCUGACUCUAUUUCCGAUAUCCAUGAAGUUGUUGAAGCCCCAAGAAGUGCUGAUCUAUCAGGUCUAAACAACAAGAUCCUCGAGGAAAAUGACGACCAGAUCAAAGUCUUGGAGAACUAUGUAUUGCCACCAGAAGCAGAUGAUUUUCACCAUGAUGAGCAAUAUAUAGUGGAAGAAACAGAUGGUAUCGAGGACAUUGAUGAGGCAUUGCUCUAUGAAUUAGAUACAGUUGGUGACUUUAGCAUCAACGAGAUGGGGUCAAGCCAGAAUGAGUUUGAGAGACGAAUCGACUCCACUGGAGAGGGUUUGUCUGCAUCCCACGGUGUUGAUUCUUGCACUCCAGAAGUUUUUGAAGAGGCCUGUGCUGAAGUUCAUGGAAGAAAUUUUCCAUCGCACCAUGAGAUUUUAAAUGCAUCCACAUUUGAAGAGAUUGCUAAGCAUGAAGAGGAGUGUGCUUCAGAAAUUCAGAAAUCUGGAAUGAGCAUUAUUGAUCAUAACGAUGCAUCUCAUACAGAAUUUGCUGAAGGAGAAGUUCAUAAUGCUAUUGAUCCUAGACCAAUUGAAAGAGGGCUCCCUGAGGAUAGUGAUAUUGGGCCUUCAGAUCCCACGGCACAGCGUAAUUUGGAUGCUCUAGAAAUAUUCAUGCCUGUAGCUGAAGCUCACAACUCUGUCUUUGAUGUAGAAGAUUCAAAAUCCACUCAAACAGGAGCGACUGAAGUGCCUCAAGAAGUUAUAGUCAACGAGGAAACUGAUUCUGGUAUGCCAGUACUGGAAGCACAAACAAUCCAAGAUAUUGAGUCAGCAUUUUGGCAAGUUUAUGAGAAAGAAAUAGAGAAAUCUAAUGUUUUUGAGCUUUAUAAUGCUGAAGAUUCUGGAAUGCCAGUGCUGGAAGCACAAACUGUUGAAGAUAUUGAGUUAGCAUUUAGAGGUUCUUCUAAGAAAGAAAUUGAGAACUCGAAUGUGCAUGAGUUACCUAAUGCUAAACUAGUAACUGAAGAACAUGGGAGUUCUGACAAUGCAGCGGUGUUUGAAGUGUCAAGUUCAGUACAGAAUGAUUCAGGAAUGCCAGAGGUGGAAGCACAAAGAAUUGAAGAUAUUGAGUCAGCAUUCAGAAUUAGUUCUCAGAAAGAAGUAGUGCAUUCGAAUGUGCUUGAGCUACCUGCUAAGCUUGUAACUGAAGGAUCUGGAGAUUCUGAGGAUGCAGCGGUGCUUGACGUGUCAAGUUCAGCACAGGAAGAUUCUGGAAAGCCAGUACUGGAAGCACAAACAGCUGAAGAUAUUAGCUUAGCAUUUGGGCAAAUAGCUGAGAACUUGAAUGUUCUUGAGCAACCUAAUGCUGAGCUGGCAACUGAAGAAUCUGGAAGUUCUGACAAUACAGCAGUGUUUGAAGUGUCAAGUUCAGUGCAGAACGAUUCUGGAAUGCUAGAGGUGGAUGCACAAAAAAUUGAAGAUAUCGAGUCAGCAUUUAGAAUUGGUUCUGAGAAGGAAAUUGUGCAUUCAAAUGAGCUUGAGCUACCUAAUGCCAAGCUUGCAACUGAAGAAUCUGGGGUUUCUGACGAUCCAGCGGUGUUUGACGUGUCAAGUUCUGUACAGGAAGAUUCUGGAAUGCCAGUACUGGAAGCACAAACAGCCGAAGAUAUCAGCAUAGCAUUUAGGCAAAUAGCUGAGAAAUCGAAUGUUCUUGAGCAACCUAAUGCUGAGCUAGCAACUGAAGAAUCUGGGAGUUCUGACAAUGCAGCGGUGUUUGAUGUGUCAAGUUCAGUGCAGAACGAUUCUGGAAUGCUAGAGGUGGAUGCACAAAAAAUUGAAGAUAUCGAGUCAGCAUUUAGAAUUGGUUCUGAGAAGGAAAUUGUGCAUUCAAAUGAGCUUGAGAUACCUAAUGCCAAGCUUGCAACUGAAGAAUCUGGGGUUUCUGACGAUCCAGCGGUGUUUGACGUGUCAAGUUCAGUACAGGAAGAUUCAGGAAUGUCAGUACCGGAAGCACAAACAGUUGAAGAUAUUAACUUAGCAUUUAGGAAAGUAUCUGAGCAAGAAAUAGAGAAAUCAAAUGUUCUUGAGCAACUUAAUGCUGAGCUAGCAACUGAAGAGUCUGGGGAUGACAAUGCAGAGAUGUUUGAUGUGUCAAGUUCAGCACAGGAAGAUUCUGGAAUGCCAGUGGUGGAAGCACAAACAGCUGAAGAGAUCAACUUAGCAUUUAGGCAAAUAGCUGAGAAAUCGAAUGUUCUCGAGCAACCUAAUGCUAAGCUUAUAACUGAAGAAUCUGGGCAUUCUGACGAUGCCUCCGUGUUUGAAGUGUCAAGUUCAGUGCAGAAAGAUUCUGGAAUGCCAGUACUGGAAGUACAAACAGCUGAAGGUAUCAACUUAGCAUUUAGGCAAAUAGCUGAGCAAGAAAUAGCUGAGAAAUCGAAUGUUUUUGAGCAACCUAAUGCUGAGCUAGCAACUGAAGAAUCUGGGGUCUCUGACGAUCCAGCGGUGUUUGACGUGUCAAGUUCAGUACAGGAAGAUUCUGGAAUGCCAGUACUGGAAGCACAAACAGCUGAAGACAUUACCUUAGCUUUUAGGCAAAUAUCUGAGCAAGAAAUAGCUGAGAAAUCAAAUGUUCUUGAGCAACUUAAUGCUGAGCUUGCAACUGAAGGGUUUGGGGAUUCUGACAAUGCAGAGGUGUUUGAUGUGUCAAGUUCAGCACAAGAAGAUUCUGGAAUGCCAGUGGUGGAAGCACAAACAGCUGAAGAGAUCAACUUAGCAUUUACGCAAAUAGCCGAGCAGGAAAUAUCUGAGAAAUCGAAUGUUCUUGAGCAACCUAAUGCUGAGCUAGCAACUGAAGAAUCUGGGAACAUUGCAGCUGCAGCUGAAGUGUCAAGUUCAGCACUGGAAGCACAAAUAGAUGAAGAUAUUGACAUGAUAUUUAGGCGAAUAUCUGAGAAAGAAAUGGAGAAAUCGAAAGUUCUUGAGCAGCCUAGUGCUCAGCUAGCAAAUGAAGCAUCUGGGAGUGCUGACAACAGAGCGGUGCUCGAAGUGUCAAGCGUGACACGAAAUAUGCAGUUACCAAUUCUGGAAACAAGACCAACUGAGUAUUUUGAUUUGGAUCAUGAAAAACUUUCUGAGAGUGAUGAUGAUGAUGCAUUCACUCGUCAUGAUUCUGUUGGUGCUGAUGAGCAUGCAGUGGAAUCCAAAGACAAAGGAGCUUCUUCAGAUUCACAAAACGUCGAGAAAGACUUGGCUUUGAAACAAGUCUUGGAAGGAAAUUUGGAGGAACCGCUGAAUUCCACUUCUGAAGGUGAAUCAGCAGAAGCUAAGCCAAGUGGAGCAAGCUCAUCCCAUGAUGUGGAAUCGAGUGUUAGAGGAUCCGAUGUACCUGAUUUUGGUGAAGUCGAAACUGUAAAAGGAGAUCAUGAAGUUGUAGUCAAAGAAGUUAAAGAAUUAACAGCUGAAAAGUCAGAUCAUGCUGUUGAUACGCCUAUUACAGCUGAUGUUGAAGGCAAGAAAGACAAAUCCCACAAGAAGGAAUCAAGUUCAAGCUCAAGCUCAAGCUCGAGCUCUAAUUCAAGUUCAAGCGGCUCCGAUAAAGAAUGAAGAUGCUCAAGAAAAUUGACACAAGAAGGGAGGACACCUCUUGGAUUUUGUUCUUUUUCUCAGAACUCUGAGCCACCAGGAAGUACAGUUGGUUUAGUUUGUGUUUAUUGCAUUAGUAGUUUGGGUUAUUGCAUGGUUUGGAGUGGCUUGUGAAAUGGACUCCUUCAAGAAUGAGUUUUGGUUUGAUUUCUUGAAGCAUUCUUUUCUUCUUAUGGUCCGGCCCUUCCCCCGGACCCCCUUGCAUAGCGGGAGCUUUAGUGCACCAGGCUGCACUUUUUAAAAAUUCUUUUCUUACUUUUUUUUUUCAUCUUUUCAGCAGUUUAUGGUGAUUGCUGGAAGAAAAGGUUUUGUUAAACUUGUAUAUGGGAUUUUGUAACUUUUGGUAUGGAACAGUUUAUGUUUUGACUGUUUUCCUUGAAAGUAGUGGCAACAAAACUCAUUGCCUUUGCA